AACCCCUCGAAAUCAAAUGCAACAAAACCAAACCAAAUUACCAAAACCUCUACUGUCCCUUUCUUCCAUCGCCGCCGCCGCCGCCGAGAAGCGAGCAGCUCGCCGGCGCCGGAGACGAAGAAGCUAGCAAGCCAUGCCGACCGACCACCACCACCCGGAUGCGGCGGCGGCGGCGGCGGGGAAGGGGGCCCACCACCACCACGGCGGCGGGAAGGUGCACAAGCUGCUCAAGUCGGCGUUCAAGCGCGGCGGUGACCACCACCACCCCGGCAGCGGCGGUGGCGGCGGCGACCAGGAGGGGGACCUGCUGAGCCGGUCGGCGUCCGGGUCGUCGUCGACGUCGGCGGCGAGCAGCAGCAGGGCGGCGUCGUCGUCUUCCGGGAGGCGCGGCGGCGGCGGGAGGAGGGGCGACGACACCUGCUCCUCCGUCGACGGCGAGAGCGGCGAGCUCGACGGAUCCAAGAAUGCCAAGGUGUUGGCGGCGCUGCGCGACGCGAAGAUCAGCUACGCUUACGAAUCGUUCCCGUGGGAGAAGAAGAUGAAGGAGUUGUUGCCGGUGCCGGCGGCGAGCUGCUUCCUGUCGAUGCUGCUGCUGCCCAAGUCCGCCGACGGGUCGCACACCCGGUACAAGUCGCUGGAGGACACCCUCGCCCGCGCCGACGCGUGGCUGGUGUCGUCGCAGGCCGCCGGCGUCCCCGUCGCCUUCAUGAACGUCCAGACGGAGGCGCUGCUCACCAAGAUCUCCGGCGAGAUGGCGCUGUCGACGGUGAACAUGGGCUCGCUGUCCGACCUCGCCAACAUGGCGAACGCCAGCCUGUACGGGUUCGAGGACUACCACGGCGUGGACAUCGGCGUCGUGCGCGCCGUGCGGCUGUGGUACACGCCGGUGGCCGGCGAGGCGGCGCUGGAGAUCAAGCUGCUCCCGGGGGACACGCGGCUGGGGUUCGCCAUCAGCCGCACCGAGGAAGGGUUCAUUUACGUGUCGUCGGUGGCGGAGGAGAGCACGCCCGGCGUGGCGUCGACGCGGUCGGGGCUCCUGGAGCUCCACCGCGCCGCGCGCAGGGCGUCGCGGCUGCUGGUGGUGUCGCGCGUCGGCGGCGAGAAGGUGCUCCCCUGGAUGGUGUCCACCGCCGGCGACGUCAAGUGCUUCGACACGGUGUCGCUCAGCCAGAAGCUGUCGCUGCACCGCCACGCGCUCCGCCCCAUCACGCUCCACUUCCUCAUGUGGGACACCGCCCUCGCCAUCAAGGACGUCGUGGCCAAGCCGCCGCUGCCGCCGCCGCCGACAAUGCUCAUGCUGCCGUCGCCGCCGUCGCCGCCGCCGUCCGACGCGGAAGGGGACGCGCCGCCGCCCAGUGGCGACGGCGACGAGGCCCCCGGCAGCGGCGCCAAGGGCGGCAAGGACUCGUCCUUCAGGUUCCAGAACAUCGACCUCCUCCCGGACAGCUGGUUGUGAAUUUUUUUCUUUUUUUAAUUUUAACAAGAAAAAAUGUGUGUUUUACACAUUGUGUAAUAGAGAACUACUAUUUACUUAUAUAGUUAGUACUAAAUGAGCAUGUUUCCAAAGUCUAUUGGGUGGUUUUGAUUUUGCUAAUUUACGGACACCCGCUACUUCCGUUCCGCGCGCAUGAUCUUCACAACCCAUGUCAUUGUAUAAGAGCAAGUUUAACAGUACAAGACUACAAGCCUACUGCUAUAUUUAGACUGUGUUCUUUC